AUGACAGCCGGGACCGUGGUCAUCACUGGGGGCAUCUUGGCGACUGUGAUUCUGCUCUGUAUCAUCGCUGUUCUGUGCUACUGCCGGCUCCAGUACUACUGCUGCAAGGAAGAGUCGGAGGAGGACGAGGAGGAGCCUGACUUCGCCGUGCACGCGAACCCGCCUCCGCUGCCCUGCGGCCGCAGCCUGGUGCUCACCAACGGGCCGGCGCUCUACCCGGCCGCCUCCACCUCCUUCAGCCAGAAGAGCCCGCAGGCCCGCACCCUCUGCCGCAGCUGCUCCCACUACGAGCCGCCCGCCUUCUUCCUGCAGGAGCCCGAGGACGAGGACGUGCGCAACGGCGGCGAGCGCGUGGCCUACCAGAGCGUCAGCCAGGAGGACGCCGAGCCGCCGCCGGGGGCCUUCGGGGGCCUGCAGGCGCUCAACCCCAACCGCCUCUCGGCCAUGCGGGAGGCCUUCUCCCGGAGCCGCAGCAUCAGCACCGACGUCUGA